AAGCACAUUUCGAUAAUAAGGGAAAACAUUUCUUUGCUACAAAAUGCUAUCGAUAACAACAUUCAUUUAGAUAGUCGUAGUGAAAAUCCCAUUACGCUAGAAAGUAAUUUGGCUAUAUUGAGAUACUAUUUAGUUACAUUACGCGAACAAUUGAAAGAUGUUUCGAGAAAAAGCGGUUGUGGAAUAAGUCAUACGCCUGCUCCUUCUACUAGUGAUCGUAAUUCGCCAGUCCUAAUUUGGCAAACCUUAAAUUCUUGCUUUCAAGGUAGAUUACUUACUGGUAUUAUUGUAAAUACCGGUUUCAAAGACCCUUUAAUUUUCUUAGAGAAAGCAUUCGGCAAUGUUGUACGGAAAAUUCGGCCCAUGUUAAGGCAAAGUAUGUUGAAAGUUAAUGUGUCUCUUUCUUGUGACUUUGUAAACCCCAACAAUCUUGACGUCAAUAUAAAAACUUUUGCCACAAAAAAUUCGGUUCUUGACAUUGGCACUAAUCUCGGAGAGUGGUAUCUAAGAGAGGUGUAUCAUCCAUUGCAGACAAAGCUUGGGGGUUUCGAAGAAUGUAAUUCGGGGUGGGCGUUAAGGGAGGUUUUGUAUUUAAAGGUAAACAUAAAUAAAUAUGUUCCCAUUAGGGGGGGACGCUUUUCCACAUAUAUUAAUCUCCCUCGGUUUAUAGCUUAUAAGAGAGCCGUAGUGAAUGUUAAAAAUAACGAUAAGUGUUGUUUCCUGUGGUCAAUUGUCUCGGCUCUUUAUCCGGCGCAAUCGAAUCCCAACCGAACUAGUAGCUAUCCCCACUUCGAUGCGGUUCUGAAUCGUGGAUCUAUUCAAUUCCCAAUUAAAGUAACCGAUAUAAAGAAGUUUGAAAAGUUGAAUAAUCUCGCUAUUAACUUAUACUGCAUAGAGAAGAGAAACGUACUGCCUUUCAUGUUGAGUAGAAAUCAUGCAAAUGGAGCCAACCCGAUCAAUUUGUUAGUCUUGUCAUCCGAAAAUGGCAUUACUCGAACCGAUAGUAAUAGAUCGUACCAUUUUGCUUGGAUAAAAAAUCUCUCUCGCCUAUUGUCGUCGCAACUAUCAAAUAGGGAGCAUUCCAAAUUUUUCUGUCACAUAUGCUUAAAUCAUUUCUCUUCGAAGCACAUACUGGAAAAGCAUACCGUCCGCUGCCAUCAAAUAAAUAAAUGUGCACUAAGAUUGCCCGUUGAAUCUGAAAAAAUUGUGCAGUUUUCUCACUAUUCGAAUAAGGAAAAAGUACCGUUUGUGAUUUAUGCUGAUAUAGAAAGCAUUUUGGUAAAGUGUGACAAUUCUUGCGGUGUGGGGAAAAACACUAACCCAUUUCAAAAGCAUAUACCUCAUAGCAUUGCGUUUUAUUUCAAGUGUGCUUAUGACGAUUCACUCUCUAAGUUUUUUUUGUAUCGGGGCCCGGAUUGUGUAAAAUGGUUUAUUAGUCAGUUGCGUACCAUUGCUAUGUGGGCAAAUACAAAGAUUAACAACCCUUUGCCGAUGGAAAAAUUGAGUGCAGCUCAGCAGAAUGAUUUCGAGAACGCCACUCAUUGCCACAUAUGUGAAAAGCCGUUUUUGGAAAAUGAGAUUCGUUGUCGCGAUCACUGCCAUCUCAGCUCAAAAUAUCGCGGCCCAGCGCACCAGCAAUGCAAUAUAAACUACCAAGACAGUCACACAAUCCCCGUGGUCUUUCAUAAUCUGAGUGGAUACGAUGCGCACUUCAUUAUCCGCGAACUUGCAACCGCUAUACCUGGCCAAAUAAAACUUUUACCUUUAAACAAAGAGAAGUAUAUUUCGUUUACGAAAUAUGUGGAAAAUACCAGCAUUAACUUUAGAUUUAUCGACUCCUUUAGGUUUAUGAGCAGCAGUAUAGAAAAACUCGCUUCGUACUUAGGAGACGACAAAAAAACUAUAGCGAAAUCGCAAAGUCGCAACGAUGCCGAAUUCAAAUUGCUCAUGCGAAAGGGUGUUUUUCCCUAUGAGUAUGUCGACUCGUGGGAAAAGUUAAAUGAAACCCGAUUACCGCCGAAAAAUGAAUUUUUCAGUUCGUUGCGUAACGACGGCGUGAAUGACGAAGAUUAUGAGCAUGCUUUAAAUCUUUGGAACGUAUUUUCUAUUCAAACUCUCGGUCAAUACUCGGAUUUGUAUUUGAAAACUGACGUGCUUCUUUUGGCAGACGUAUUUGAAAAUUUUCGCGCCACUUGUCUGAAAACCUACAAACUCGAUCCUCUUCAUUAUUACACUGCGCCGGGCCUCGCUUUCGAUGCCAUGCUCAAAAUUACAGAGAUUAAAUUGGAACUAUUAACAGACAUCGAUCAAGUUAUGUUCGUAGAGAAGGGUAUUAGGGGUGGAAUCACUCAAUGUUCCACUAGAUACGCGAAGGCGAACAACAAAUACAUGAAUGACGACUAUCGUCCUGACCUUGAAUCGAUUUAUUUAAUGUAUUUUGAUAUUAACUCCCUUUACGGAGCUACAAUGUGUGAAGCAUUGCCUUAUGGGGAGUUCUCUUUCGUAGACGAUUUUGAAUCGUUAGACAUAUUAAAUCAUCCCGAUGAUGCAGAUAUCGGUUACAUUGUGGACUGUGAUUUUGAUUAUCCGAAGGAAUUACAUGAGUCCCAUAGCGACCUUCCUUUGGCCCCCGAACACAUGUGUCCUCCCGGCUCUAGAAUAAAGAAAUUAAUGCUUACUUUGUUCCCGAAACGCAACUACGUAUUACACUACCGAAAUUUAAAGCUUUACAUUAAACAUGGACUGAAACUUGUUAAAAUUAACCGUGUGUUGCGUUUCAAACAAUCGGCGUGGUUAAAAAAAUAUAUCGAAUUGAAUACACGUAUGAGAAAACAGUCUACAAACGAUUUUGAAAUAAAUUUUUAUAAGCUAAUGGUAAAUAGCGUUUUUGGAAAACUGAUGGAAAAUGUAAGAAAAUAUAAAGAUGUUCGCUUGGUGACAAAGUGGGAAGGUCGCUAUGGCGCUCGUGCGUAUAUUUCCAAGCCAAACUUCCAUAGCUGCACUCUUUUCGAUGAUGACGAUAUCGCGAUAAUAGAAAUGAAUCGGUUGGAGGUAUUUCUUAACAAACCAAUUUAUGCGGGGUUGACGGUUUUAGACGUAUCGAAAACUUUCCUCUACGACUUUCACUACAAUUAUGUAUUACGGGAAUUCGGUGAUCGCGCAAAACUCCUGUACACCGACACUGAUAGUCUUGUAUACUCUUUUGCAGUGCCGGACAUAUAUCAAUCAAUCAAAGAGAACAUUAAUCGAUUCGACACAUCCAGUUAUAACCCAAAUAAUCCCUUUGGUAUACCUCCUGUCAAUAAAAAAGUCCCCGGAUUGAUGAAAGACGAAAACAAUGGAAAAAUAAUGUUAGAGUUCGUGGGUUUAAGGGCAAAAAUGUACGCGUACCGAGUGGACGACAAGGUGUUAAAAAAAUCAAAAGGUUCGACAGCCGCUAGUAUUCGUGAAAUAACUUUACAAGAUUACAAACGUUGCUUGUUUAACGAUGACAUUGUAAAAAGGGAUCAAUAUCUAAUUAGGUCACAGAAGCAUUCUGUGUUCACCAUAAGGCAGAAUAAGGUGGUUCUUAGUCCUCACGAUGAUAAACGUUCUAUCAGUUUAAAUUGUAUCAAUACGCGGCCUUGGGGCUAUAAUUUGGCCUAAUCCGCAUAUUUCGCGACCUCGAAACAUCUUUCAAUUGAAUGCCUAUUUUUUCAGAUUAUGAGCAACAGUUGCGGAAAUCGUUCGGAUAAAAAAGUGCAAUUGGAGCGAGAAUUAUUUCAAUCGUCUCACAUAAUAUAUACAAAACAUUUAAAGAGUGCUUUAAUGGACAUUUGGUCAAUUGAAAAUUAUGUGAUCAUUAAUCAAAUAUUGCAAAACAUUGUAAUACCCGACGAGUGCUUCAACUGGUGCAUCAAAUCGACAAACGUUUGUUGCAAUAAACUAACAUUUUUAUUUGACAAGAAAGAAGAACUUGACUGUACAGUUAGGCACUUUGUAAACAGAUUUAGCAUUUUAAGUGAAAUGUGUGUUAGUAAUAAUCUUGCAUUGUUACCUGAAGUUCCUUUACACAUCAGAAUGUAUAUCCUGGAUUUAGUUAAGGACGCUCAAUUUAAUGUAGAUAGCAUAGUGAAAAAUUAUAAGAAUUUUUUGUGCAUAAUGGACGAUGCCAUGUGUACGGCCAUAGAAUAUGCGAACGUCAAGGCUCUUGAAAUGUUGUAUGAUAUUUGUAUAAAGCGAAAUGUGCAGUACAGAUUUAGGCCAUACGAGGACGCUCGCCAUAAAAAAGUCUAUAACUGGAUACUGGAGAACAUUCGCAGAGGCAGCGAAGUUCCAAACGCAUCGCUGGGAUGGACAUGCGGGCCAGAUAGCGCAUUUUGGCCCUCUACCCAAUUAAGCGACUACAAAAGAACAUUUACGCUCCUUAAAAAAAUCAUGAAAGAUGAACCAAAGGGAAAUGUGGUUGUUAAAAACUUUGUAUGGUAAAAAAUAAAACAGAAUAUAACAGUUUAUUUUAGUUUUAUUUGUAAUAGUACAUCAUACAUUAAAUAAACUUAUAAAACUACGUUAUCUUUAUCAAUCCACGACCUCUCGUCUAAUCCCCACCACUUUACGUACACCUUGUCUUUCUUACGUUUUAACACUUUUUCCACCAAAUAUACAUCCGAAUACUUGGCUUUUUGCAGUUCUUGUUCAUAAAAUCCUCCUAGUAUCGAUUUUCCUUUCAUGUCUUCCAAUAAAUACGUCACCGGAUUGGUUAUUCGAACUUUUACAAUUUUGAAGAGUUCACUGGACCAGUUUGGUGUGUAUCCUUUCGCAAAUAUGGAUUUAAAUUUGCUAAUUCGAACAACAUCGCCAACA